AUUGACAUUUUGAACUGGAUUGUAAUGAGGGAUCAACAUAUAAGGUCCCUUAUCCCAGUUGAGAAACACAACACUGCCCACAAGGCUAUUCCAGAUCUCAGCAGCCUUUUCUUCUAACCCCUGAUCCAUCUACGCUAACAUUAUCGUGCUUGAAACCCGCACCCACGCACCAUGCGUACCUCUAUUCUAUCUUUUCUCCUUAUCCCCCUUGUGGCGGCCCUGCCUUCCCAGGCCACGCCGCGGGAUCUCACCGAGGCAGAGCUUCUCGAGAAGCGCAACACAAACGAAGGCGUCUACCUGAGCAACUGCUGGUUCUACUCUCUCGGCGACUGGGCCUCGGAGAUGGAAUACUACAGCAACGCCAGGUCGGGCUCCCAACACGGCGAACUGCCCAACGACACCACCACCCUGAGCUCCACGUCGCGCGUCACCUGGGAGGGGGUCCAGCGCUGCGGGUACUACUCCUCCUCGGGCGUGACGUUCUGCUCGCAGAUCGCAUCGAACGCUGCCAGUCUUGUGACUGGCCAGUACGCCGGUCCCGGUUGGAACAACGCUCACGGCUUCGACUGCUACAAGGACAACGGCCGCGUCCUGUUCAGGACCAGCAGUGGCAACUUCAACCAGAAUGAAGAGUGCUACUCCAUCUACUAUUGCUUCUCUCAAGCUUGA